AUGUCUCAAUCAGAGCUUAUAUGUUAUUCAGCUGUGAUAUUAAAUCAUUUAACAUCAAGUAUAUUUUUAUUAUUAUUACUUUCAUUAUCAAUAUUUCUUUGGUCUACAUUAUCAUCUCGGCUAUCACAAAAAUAUUGCACUAAUGUUUUAGAUUGCAUAAUAAUAAUAAUUCUAGUUAAACAUAUAGUUCAAGUCAUGUCAUAUCUAUGCAAUUUUAAUGAAAUAAAUAUUUAUCUAUCGACAACAAUAAAGAUUAUUAGAAUCAAUCGAAAAGAAAAUACAGCUUCAGUUGGUGAUGUAUUUGUACUUUUAUCUUUAUUUGUUCAUCGAUCAAUUUUAAAACGACUAGGACUUUGGGAAUCUGAACACAGAAAACCAAAUGAGACGAAAAUCACCGAUGUUGAUCGAACUGAUCAAGAACAAGAAUGGUUUUUUAGUAAUGCUUAUUUUAUGAAACCAAUUAUAAGAUUUUAUCAACAAUUUAAACAAACAUCAUUUGUUCGUAAUGUUUAUGUUUGUGAUGUUUAUGCGCCUAUGUUGUGUUGUGAUCUUAUUAAUACGAUAAUUUUUAUUUCUUUUUAUGGUCAAUUUACUGCACAAUUUGAUAGAAAUAUUCUACAAAUAAUAAACGAAAACAAAGUGCCUGCAACAUUUGUUGUUAUCUUAUUAGUACAAUUAAUAUUAAUUAUAAUUGAUCGAGCACUUUAUUUACGUCGUAAUGUUCGUGGUAAAUUAUUCUUUCACGUAUUUCAAGUUAUCGUUGUACACAUUUGGUUGUUUUUGGUUUUACCUAGAAUAACUCGAACGAAAUUUUGUAAUAAUAUUGCAGCUCAAUUAUGGUAUAUAUUCAAAUGUAUUUAUUUUGGUUAUUCAUCAGUACAAGUGCAAUUAGGUUAUCCAAAACGUAUUGCAGGAAAUUUUAUUACGAAGCGUUUUAAUUAUGUUAAUCAAAAUCUAUAUCGAAUUUAUUUAUUAAUUCCAUUUUUACUUGAAUUACGAACAAUUAUGAAUUGGAUGUGUAUUGGUACAGCACUCGAUUUACCAAGUUGCUUACAAUUAGACGAUAUUUAUUCAAAGAUUUAUUUAUUUAAAUGUUUAAAAUGGACAGAAAAAAAACAUCGAACGCAACAUGGUGUAACUCGACCAAAAACAACGAAUUAUUGCCUUGGCGCUUUAUUAUUAACUUUAUUAAUAUUAUUAUUGAUGUUUCCAUUAUUGUUUUUUGCAUUUACUCCAUCAUUCUAUCAACCAAAUCCACCAAAUGAAGUUAAUGUUGAAAUAAAAUUAGCUGGUUAUUUAUCAAUUUAUCAAAUGACUGCACAAUAUACUGAUUCAGUUCCAUUUACAGAAGCUGAUUAUAAUAAUUUACGUUCAUCAAUCUAUUCAUCAAAUAUUCAACCAACAAUUGAAGAUAGUGCUUAUGCAUUUUUACGUGAUUUUAAUCCAAAUGAUAUUCAUUGUGUAAAUUUAUUUGCAACAAGUGUUAAUCUAUGGGAAAUAAGUCAACCAAUACGAGAUAUUGUUAUCAAUAAUUUACGAUCAAAUCUAACAGUACCUGUUCGAUUUUCAUAUACAAUAGUACGUAAUCCACCAAAUCAAGAUGAUUUAGAAAAUAUUGCAGCAGUUGUCACUGGAGAAAAUAAUGUUGAUAUAACAGCAGAAGAUCAACAAACUUGA